CAAAUCCCUCAUUUCCCAUCAAUUUCCCCCCAAAAAAAACAGAUCAAAAGAACAAAUUUGACCUCAUUUUCCGUAGAUAUCAUCAAUUAGUGAAUAUUUUUUGGUGGGUCGGCGUCAAGAGACCUCUUUUUUUUUUUAUGGGGAACGUGACGUCGAGCGUGGCGGCGAGGUUCGCGUUCUUCCCGCCGGACCCACCGACGUACGAGGUGUACAAGGACGGGGAAGACGACGACGGACGGCUGGUGUUCACGGGGCUCACGGCCGACAAGAACGUCCGCGUCCACUUGCUCGAGACAAAGGGCGGGAACAAGAUUGUGGCCACUUUCUGGAAACACCCGUUUGGGAGGUUCACGAUUUUGUACUCCCAUGGAAACGCUGCCGAUUUGGGGCAGAUGCAGGAGCUUUUCAUUGAGCUCAGAGCUCACCUCCGUGUCAAUAUCAUGAGCUAUGAUUAUUCUGGGUAUGGAGCAUCCUCUGGUAAGCCAUCAGAGUUAAACACGUACUAUGACAUAGAGGCCGUCUACAAUUGUUUGAAGAACGAACAUGGAGUUAAGGAGGAGGAUGUGAUUUUGUACGGCCAAUCCGUUGGAAGUGGACCCACGCUCCACUUAGCUUCUCGUUUGCAGAGGUUGAGAGGUGUUGUUCUUCAUAGUGCAAUCCUUUCAGGCAUACGAGUAUUGUAUAAUGUCAAAAUGACAUUCUGGUUUGACAUCUUCAAAAAUGUAGACAAAAUACGGAAUGUCGACUGUCCGGUUCUAGUUAUACAUGGAACAGAAGACGACAUUGUAGACUGGUCCCACGGAAAGCGACUGUGGGAACUAGCCAAAGAAAAGUACGAUCCGUUAUGGGUCAAGGGUGGCGGUCAUUGCAACCUCGAAACUUAUCCCGAGUACAUUAAGCACUUGCGCAAGUUUGUGAACGCGAUGGAGAAGCUCUCUUUCACAAAGGAAAACAAGUCUCGUCUUGGUCCUACCGAUAGUAUGUCAGAAUCCAAACACAACAAAUGCUUAAGAUUCGGAAGAAGAUAGCUGCAAGCCUGCAAUAUCUUUCCUUUUCCCGCCUGAGUAGUGAGCAUAGAUGGCUAGUCUUUUUUUUUUUUUUUUUUCCCGAGGAAUGCUAUUUGUGUAAAGAAAAGAUGCGCUUGCUUGAUCGGCGAUGUUUGGCAGUCAACCUCAUUUGGCUCGGUAUUUUUCUUAAAGGUUUGUGUUGGAAGGAAAUUACUUAUUUUGGCCC